GUGCCGUCCAGACCCAGAGACGGGAUAAGGGAGGCAGUUAGCUUCGGACCAACAACUGUGGCAAGCAAGCGACCAUGGCCGACGACCAACCAUGGAAGAUACCGCCGAUCGUGCAAGAGCUGGUGGCUGGCGUGCAGGAGCCACCGAGCCGGUACGUGGUCCGCGAGCAAGACAGGCCCGCCGUGGCCGGCGCCGCGAUGCCCGAGCCCAUCCCCGUCGUCGACCUCAGCCGGCUGUCUGCUGACACUCACCACGGCGCCGAUGAGGCCGCCAAGCUGCGGUCCGCCCUGCAGAACUGGGGCCUCUUCCUGGCCGUUGGCCAUGGGAUGGAGCCAAGUUUUCUUGCCGAAAUGAUGAAAGUGACGAGGGAAUUUUACAAGCUCCCGAUGGAUGAGAAGCAGAAGUACUCCAACCUGGUGAACGGCAAGGAGUUCAGGACCGAAGGGUACGGCAACGACAUGGUCGUAGCUGAGAGCCAGAUCCUGGACUGGUGCGACCGGUUCUACCUCAUCGUGGAGCCAGAGCACCGGAGAGUCCACAGCCUGUGGCCGACACAGCCUCCUUCCUUCAGCGACGCUCUGCGCGAGUACACCGCCAGGUGCAGGGCGAUCGCCAACCUCGUGCUGACAAACAUGGCCAAGCUAGUGGGUCUGCACGAUGGCUACUUCGUCGACAUGAUGGACGAGGAGGCCGCGACGUACGCCAGGUUCAACUACUACCCGCGCUGCCCCAAGCCGGACCGCGUCUUCGGCCUGAAGCCCCACUCCGACGGCUCGGUGAUCACCGUCGUCUUCGUCGACGACACCGUCAGCGGGCUCCAGGUGCAGAACGACGGCGGCGUCUGGUACGACGUGCCCAUCGUUCCAAACGCACUGCUUGUCAACGUAGGAGAUGCAAUAGAGAUACUGAGCAACGGGUUCUUCAAGAGCCCGGUGCACAGGGUGGUGACCAACGUGGAGCGGGAGCGGGUGUCGGUGGCGAUGUUCUACACGCUGGACCCGGAGAAGGAGAUCGAGCCGGCGCCGGAGCUGGUGGACGAGGAGAGGCCGAGGCGGUACGGGAAGAUGAAGACCAAGGACUACAUCGCGGAGCUGUUCGAGACGUUCGCGAGGGGGACACGAGCCAUCGACACGGUGAAGGUCUGAACGUGAUUCGCUGCGGCUGGGGCGCGGGCCCGUGGGGUGGUGGUCCGGUCCUUGUAAUCGGGAAAAGAAAAAAGAAUCGCCAGUCGGACAAUGAAAAUUGAUGAUACGCCGGCCGCCAUCAAUUUGCUCUCUGAAA